AUUACCCACAAUGCACAGGACUGUGGGCAUGUAGCUGCCAGCUAGUGUUGUCAACCCCUCCCCCCUUCUGUAUCCAAGAUGGCGGUCCAGGAAUCAGCUGCUCAGCUCUCAAUGGCUCUGAAGGUUGAGGAGUACCCAACUUUAAAGGUACCAUAUGAGACUCUGAACAAGCGCUUCCGAGCGGCACAGAAGAACAUUGACCGAGAGACAAGCCACGUCACUAUGGUCGUGGCGGAACUGGAGAAGACUUUGAGCAGCUGCCCUGCUGUAGACUCUGUAGUCAGCCUGCUGGACGGGGUGGUGGAGAAACUGAGUGUCCUUAAGAGAAAGGCAGUGGAGUCAAUCCAGGCAGAGGAUGAGAGCGCCAAGUUGUGUAAGAGACGGAUUGAACACCUGAAGGAACACAGCAGUGACCAGGCGGCUGCUGUCAACAUGUGGAAGAAGAAACGUAUGGACCGGAUGAUGGUGGAACAUCUACUGCGCUGUGGCUACUAUAACACAGCCGUCAAGCUGGCCAGGCAGAGUGGUAUUGAGGAUUUAGUGAAUAUAGAAAUGUUCCUGACUGCGAAAGAAGUGGAAGAAUCUCUGGAAAGACAGGAAACCAUGACAUGCCUGGCCUGGUGCCAUGAUAACAAAUCCAGACUUAGGAAAAUGAAGAGUUGCCUGGAAUUCAGCCUUAGGAUCCAGGAGUUCAUAGAACUGAUCCGACAGAACAAAAGGCUGGACGCAGUCAGACAUGCGAGGAAACAUUUUAGCCAGGCAGAAGGAAGCCAGUUGGAUGAAGUUCGACAAGUGAUGGGGAUGUUGGCCUUUCCUUCAGACACUCACAUUUCACCUUAUAAGGAUCUUUUGGACCCAGCUCGAUGGCGCAUGCUCAUCCAACAGUUUCGAUAUGACAACUAUAGACUACAUCAGCUGGGAAAUAAUUCUGUGUUUACUAUAACUCUUCAGGCAGGCCUCUCUGCUAUUAAAACACCUCAGUGCUACAAAGAAGAUGGGACUUCUAAGAACCCAGACUGUCCAGUGUGCAGCAAGUCCCUGAACAAGCUAGCUCAGCCUCUUCCAAUGGCACACUGUGCCAACUCCAGACUGGUGUGCAAGAUUUCAGGAGAUGUCAUGAAUGAAAACAACCCUCCCAUGAUGCUACCUAAUGGAUAUGUGUAUGGCUACAAUUCUCUUCUCUCUAUUCGCCAAGAUGACAAAGUAAUUUGUCCCAGAACCAAAGAGGUCUUCAACUUCUCGCAAGCCGAGAAGGUCUACAUCAUGUAGAGCUGUCCUUUUGUGCCUCUAGAGCCUGCUGAAGACGAGGCAGGAGCAUCACACGCACAACUCUCCCAUUCAUUGGUUGCAUUUGUCUUUUGCGGCCAAAGAUUCUAUACAAGCAACAAUUACCACUUCAAGACAUCUUACACAACAGAAGUGCAAAAACAUAAGGAAAAAAAAAAAAACAUUUGUACUUUAGGAAACUAAAACCUUUUUGAUUCUGAGCAUUUUUUUUUUGUAACGUACAGUCAAGACGGAUGCUUCGGAAUAGUUAAUUUGUUUAAGUUAGAUACUUUCCGGCCCUACACGGAGAUGCAGCGUUUGGCUGCUCCAUCAAGUAGUAAAGCCUUGCGUUUAUUCUUUGUGCAAGUUUUGGGAUCUUAUUAUUCAUAUUGCUGCCUUACUCCUAGCUUUCGGAAUGUACACCCAUGGACAUACGUACCACAAACUCAUCUGUGUAUUUUCUACAGUUACCAGGAAUAAUCUUAAAAGGGUUUUCCACUUUUAUCAAAAAAGUUGACUUCUGCUUUAAAGGGGAAAGCAUUUGAAACAGUAGCUUCUCACCUGUUACCAAUGACUUUUUAUAGACUCCUACUAUAGCUUCCUGAUCUUACUAGGACCAACAUCUUCACCCGCCUAAUCCAGACUUGUACUGUAGUCAUCUAAUUAGCAGUACAUAUUUGGACUUUAGCCUGUCAAGAUUCAUGGGUAAAGAUACACCAUGUUACUAAAUGUAAGAUUUAAGUGUAGCUAGGAGGUUUUUCUAUUCAUAAGUAAUCCCAUUUACCUCUGCAACAGCCCUCCUGCACUACGUAUAUACCAGGGGUCUACAAACCUUCUGAACAAAGGGCCAGUUUACUGUACUUCAGACUUUAAGGGGGCCAGACCGUGGCCUUCGAGAGUAAAAAAUGCCCGAGCAUCAGUGGGAGUAAACCCUCCCCAUCAUUGCUGUCAUUGGGAGGAAUUGUGCCCCAUUGUUGGUGUCAUUGGGAGGAAUUGUGCUCCGUCAUUGCCCCCAUUGUUGUUGCCAUUGAGAGGAAUUGUGCCUUUACUGGUGUCUGUAAAUAAAAGUUUGCCCCAAGGGCUGGAUUAAAGCAAGCAACGGGCCACAUCUGGCCCCCGGGUCACAGUCUGGAGACCACUGCUAUAUAGGCUUCUUCACCCUUUGACAAGAUUAUAAUAAGAAAUUUCUUUUGGUAAAACCUGGCGAAGCAUCUCAUCCAUGGCAGUGUAAAAGGUCGCUAAGCCUAGAUAUAUUCCAGUAUGCUGGAAGAAGUCUUGAGACCAAUAUUGGAGCAUUUUUAUAAGGAAAAGGGUAUAAGCCCUUCAUCACGAGUGCUGGGUUGCUAUAAAAUAUGAAUGCCCCCCAUGGGUUGUACAGUGAACAGCAUUUUAUUUAUUUUUUUGAGGGUGAACUAGCAUCUGCCUUUUAGCUAGCAAAAAGUUGGCCAAUAUGUUCAAGUUCUGCCGUAGGUUGUACAGUGCACAGCAGUUGUUUUUGAGGGUGAGCCAACAUCUGGUAAAUUGUUGGCCAUAGGGUUCAAGUUCUGCCCAUCUACAAUUGUGUUGAGUUUUUUCACAUGUCUUGGGCUAGCUUGAAGGCAUUUGUGGGGAAAAUUAGCUAGCAACAUGUGGCUGGAUGGCUUUCCUUCUCCCAAGAACAACUGGCCAAGUUAUCUGCAAUAGUUUUAAGGCAACUUGAGUGACAGGUUUGGACAACAGUCUAAUAAUUAUUCCACAGGUAGCAUUAGUACAUUAUUCUAUUGUAAACAGCAGGUGACAAAUCCUGCCAUUGCUUACAUGCACUGUGUAGUAUUACUCUCACAUCCUUUGCAGAGAGGAGCCUAAAGCAGAGGUCCACACAUCUGAUAAAGUGGAAACUGUCUUGAAUAUUUUAGCCACGCCACAAGGUAAAGAAGCCACGGUUCUGUUCUAGUAGCGCAAGAUUAUUCUUCUUCAUUAACUUUCCGGCAACAACCACAAACAUUUUAGUCCUUUACAGUCUUUAAAAGAUAGUGCUGUAGAAAUUUGUAUUUAGUGCUUAUAUAUAUUUUUUUUUUGCAUGUUGGUGUUCCUUAGCUAAUAAAAAGAAAAUAUUGUAAAUUUGAAA